AUGGUGGAUGGAGUAUCGCUCGCGGUUGGAUGUGCCGUUGGAAUUCCUUGUGGAGUUGCGGUUGUAGUGGCCCUCAUCUUUUGGUUUUAUAUGCAGCGCAGGCUCAAGAAGGAGGUGGAGGAAGAUGCUGAAUCGAUGUCGGACGAUAGGGCUAUCAGCUUCAACAACAUGGAAGCUCUUAAACAAGUUGAGAAUUCCGAGAAAGAAGAUCAGGCUCUACAAAACGCGGACGUAUCGUCAUACUCGGACAAUACGCAAGGUGUGGAGUCCGGUCCGGCUUCAGCCCCGACUUCUGCAGGCGGUGUUUUCAAUGGGCUGAAGAAAACAAGAGGAACAUCCGUUUCGAGGUCCAAAACCAAAUCAGAGAACAAGAACACGUAUAUGCCGGCAUAUCGUAAAAAACUCAACUCUUCCAUCAGUUCACUACAACAGCGCACCAGGCACCAUGACGACUUUAAGGGUACAACUGACAGUUCUAGUACAUCCCUGGAUACAAAGCCGAACGGUACCCAGCGAAGUGAGCCAACAGUACUUGAUCAGAUGAUUCCGGUCUUGGGAAAUCCAAAUGGAACUGAUUCUGGCGCUGCUGCAACCUCAGAAUUUAGUCUGUCGCAUGAAAAAACGGCUAGCAAUGAUAAUUUGAUCAAGAAUCUGCACAAUCACGACUUUGGGUCUUACCCGAGAAGGAGAUCAUCCGCAAACCUCACUAGUAUGGCUUCGGGUAAUGUGUCCAGCACUUCUGUUCGUACGCGCUCUUCCUCUGCUCACUCCCCAAAAAAUAGUACUGAAAAUGUCUUUGAUACACCCAACAGUAACGUCAAAGUAAUGAACUCACUACCGAACCAUACCGGUAGUCCCAACGGAAACAUUUUCCUGAAAGAUGAAAAUAGUGAUGAUAAUGAGAAACCAAGCUAUUACAUGCUUAAAAACAAUUACGAUGUUCAGAACUCAAGUGAGAUCGCCGAAGAGGACCAGUAUGAGAACGACUUCACGAACUACUCUGAAAGUAAACGCGAGUUCAUAAACAGCUUGAGGCCUCGCAAGAAUUAG